UUCAUCAAGUUUAAGAAAAGAGUUUGAAGCAGCAGCGUGCAACUACAGUGCAACCUUAAACCCUAUGUCCCUCCUAAAAGACUUCACCCGCCAAAAUUCACUCACCGUGCUUUUUCUCACGCGCCACCUCUCCUCCGCCACUACCACCAACACAUCCAAACUCCACGAUCGUUACACCUUCGAACCACCAUCUUCCCUCUCCCCCUCUCCCGAAAACCCCAACGAAAGUCCAACUAAACCCCACAGAAAACAGCCCAAGCCCAAGUACAAACCCCCUUCGUCCCUCGACCGAACCGGGAAAAAACCGGUCCGUUCCAGUUUGCCCUUCGAUUUCCGGUUCAGCUACACGGAGAGCAGCCAAACGGUAAGGCCUAUCGGACUUAGAGAACCUAAAUACUCGCCAUUUGGACCGGACCGGAUCGACCGGGAAUGGACAGGAGUUUGCGCCCCGGCAGUGGAUCCAAAGGUGAAGGCUUUAGAUGGAGAGGAAGAUCCGAAAUUGGAAGAGGAGAGGAAGAAGAAGAGAGAGUAUGUUCAAGGAACGCCGCUUACAAAUGCUGAAAGGAAAGCCCUUGUUUUGCAAUGUGAGAGAGGCAAAACUAAGCGACAAGUCAAUAUGGGGAGGGAUGGUUUAACUCAUAACAUGCUGACUGAAAUUCAUAACCAUUGGAAAUAUACUGAAGCUGUUAGGAUCAAAUGCAUGGGUGUUCCAACUGUUGAUAUGAAAAAUAUUUGCACCCAGCUGGAGGACAAAACAUUUGGAAAGGUCAUUUUCCGACAUGGGGGUACACUUGUAUUAUACAGAGGUAGGAAUUAUAAUCCAAGAAAGAGGCCUGUAAUUCCUAUCAUGUUGUGGAAACCUCAUGAACCUGUAUAUCCUAGACUGAUUAAGACAACAAUUGAAGGCUUAAGUAUUGAGGAGACAAAAGAAAUGAGGAAGAGAGGAUUGGCUGUUCCUGCUUUAACAAAACUUACAAAAAACGGUUAUUAUGCUUAUUUGGUAUCCAUGGUCAGAGAUGCUUUCCUCUCGUCUGAAUUGGUUCGGAUAGACUGCCAGGGUCUCGAGAGGAGUGAUUACAAGAAAAUAGGCUGCAAACUCAGGGACCUGGUCCCCUGUAUCCUGGUGACUUUUGAUAAAGAACAAAUUGUAGUUUGGAGGGGGAAGGAUUAUAAGCACUUGAAGGGUGGAUACUUUCUUAAAGAUCGAGAAUCAUUUGAUGACGAUGAUGAUGGUGGUGACUUGCUUAUGGAUGAGGAAGAAGAGCUUAAUAACACCGGCUUAUGAGAUUAAUACUGCAGUCGGCUGUGAUGAUCUAGUAUAAUCUUACUGUUCAAAUUGCAGCCUUAAAUCAGAAGUUGCCGGAAGAUUUGAUUGGUGUUCUGGGUCGCUGUCCAAGAGAGAGGAACAUUUAAGAUAAUGUUAAUGGUGUGGUUGAUGCUGCUAUUUGGACGACGAAUGUCUCCAAACUAUUCUUAUCCCAUGACUCGUUUGGUCUUAAAACUUAAAAGUGGUAAACAAUAGCCAUUAUUAGAUUGAAAUUGUUUCUCAAGAUUUGAGUCCAUUAUCUAUUUUGUCACACUCACAAUAGCCAAUUUGGAAACACAUUUUCACUAUAGGCAAAUGUUAGUAGUUAGUUUGUUAUGGAGGGAGAAAUGUUAGUAAUAGGGAUUGAACUCUGGACCUUCUGCAUAUAACUCCUCUGGUGUCUCAACCCAAAUCAAUAGGUUACUGACACAGCACAACCUAGCUUGGAUGGGUUAUUGACACAAUCUAGCUUGUAAGGGAUGUCAGUUUUGAUAAUUGCUGGUGAUUCUUAUAGAAUUCUUGAGUGGAAUUGAGCAUUUUGCAGAUCAGAGGCAUAGUUACAGCUUCUGGGGGUAGCCGUUAAAAGUCCAGCACCAAGUUUUGUCUCGUUGCAAACUUGAAGUAUAUUUGGUCUGGAGCAGAAUCUUUCCUUACAGCUGUGAGAUGAACUCAAUAUUUAAACUCACAUGGCAAGAUUUGCUAUGAGAAAUUAAAUUUCGAAUAAUGUACUCAAGGAAUCAUUAUUCCUUGAUUAAAUUUAGUGCAUGUUUGGAUUAGUCUCAAAUGUAUUCAUAAUUUUCUUGUGCCAUAACCAAUGUUCAUUUUUUAUUGACA